CGCCCCCAGCAGCGUCGCGGCGCCUCCGCUCGGCUCGGCUCAGUUAUCGUUCCGCCGCCGAGCGCCGCGCGCCCCGACGCUCCGUCGAGACAAGUACACCGCGCUUCCGUCGCUGAACCCUGUUGAAAACGGUGUGUGCUGGUGUAUACGAUACCCCGUACUCGCGACGACCGAGGCGCGGACUAUGUCGAAUGCCUGAGCAUCGACGCAGCAGCAUAAUCAUAAGCACCUGCAGCGCCGACAGCGCCGGCAGGGCGACGACGACGACGACGACGACGACGACGAGCACGAGCACGAGCAGCAGCACGACGACGCAGAGCGAGGUCCCCCCGGGCGAUGCGCUGCAGCCCUAUGCGGGAGCAGCGGCCGGCGGCGAGGUCGUCGCCGUCGACGAGGUCAAGAUGGAGGCGGAGGAGCACCUGGCGCGCGAGUACGUGCAGGAGUUCGUGCUGGACCACCUGGACCCGGGCGACGUGAAGCGCGAGGCGGCCGCAGCCGCAGCCGCCGCGGCGCUGGCCGGGGAGAAGGUCAAGCUCGCCGGGCUGGCGAGGCCCGCCGCGCUCGACGCGGCCGCCCCCGUCCCGAGCGGGCCCACCUCCGUGGUGCCGAAGACCGGGCCGCUGGUGCACAGCCUGCCGGUCGAGCCGACGCAGCAGAGCCCGGCCGGGCCGACGGCCAUGCCCGGGACCCUGGGCCCGCUCACGCCGCCGGCCCACGAGCUCGAGCAGCCCCACGGGCUGCCGCUCUACGGACAGCCCGCCGGCGCGGUGCGCGUCCAGCAGGGCGUCCUGGUGAAGCUGCCCUACGGCGGCCCCCCUGCCGGCCUGACCAGCCUCUCGCACCCGGGCACGCCGCCCGACACGCCGCCCGUCUCGGCCUCGCCGCCCUCGCUGCAGCAGCUCCAGCUCCAGGAGAGGCUCGAGCGCAUCCAGCUGCAGCAGCUGCACCAGCCGCCCCACGCUCAGCUCCAGCAGCCCCCGGGUCCCCAGCAGCACCACCUCCAGCAGCAGCAGCAGCACCACCACCACCACCACCACCACCCCGACGUCAUCCUGCCCGACGGCAUGCCCUGGCUGACGCAGAGCUUGCGCCAGGAGCCGCUAGACCUGAGGCCGCACUGCCAGGAGGCCGGCGGCUCGGAGAACGAGAUGGAGACGGAGCACUGGCCGCCGCACCACCUGCCCGACCUCGUGCAGCACCAGCAGCACCAGCAGCACCCAGCGGCGCACCACCCUGGCAGGCACCCCAGGCACACGGGGGGCUACAUAAUGGCCAGCCACAUCGAGUACUACUCGAGCAACGGCAGCGGUGGCAGCGACGGCGGCAUGAUGCCGAUGCCUCUCGACGGCGGUAUGCACAUGCAGCUGGCCCCGCAGCAGCAGCAGCAGCAGCAUCAGCAGCAACAACAGCAGCAGCAGCAGCAGCAGCCGGUGAGGCCGCUGAGCGUCUGCUCGGGCAGCUCGUGCGGCCCGGGUCCCAGCUCGAGCCAAGGCACCGGGGGCCUCAGUCCCACGCGCUGCGGGGUUCCGCGCUCCAUGCACUGCGGCGCCCCGGCCGGCAGUCUCGAGGACCUCAUGAACGACGACCUGCUGAUGUCGCUGUCGGUGCGCGAGCUGAACAAGCGGCUACAGGGCUGUCCGCGCGAAGAGGCUUGGCAGAUAGUGCGGCUGAAGCAGAAGCGGCGCACGCUGAAGAACCGCGGCUACGCCCAGAACUGCCGGAGCAAGCGGAUGCAGCAGCGACACGAGCUCGAGACGGCCAACCGGAGCCUCGAGCACGAGCUCAACAUGAUCAAGGACGAGCUGCUGCGCACCCAGCAGGAGCGAGACGCCUACAAGCACCGCUACGAGACCAUGUUCCGCUCGAGGCAGCAGCAGCAGCAGCAGCACCAGCAACAGGCGAUCGCCCAGCAGCAGCACCAGCAGCAACACCAGCAACAGCCGGCCAGCCCCGAGGUCUACCUGUGACAGAGAGCUCGAUGGACUUGAGGCCGGUGAGUAUGAGCGACGCGCAGCUCUCCGUCCUCUGCAUAUACCUGAAAAAUGAAUUGAAGUACACAUGGAAGUCGAUCGCGCGACUCUCUCUCUCUCUCUCUCUCUCUCUCUCUUAUCGCGCACGCGAAGCACACUUUUUCGCCGCUUCCGCUUAUCGAGAGGCGAACUUGGCGCGCGCGUGCCUGAUAAACUUCAAACUUCGCCGGAGACAGAGAAGCUUUAUCUCUCGGCGAGUCUAGUUUCCCUGACCCAACGCUCUGACCCGCCGCUCGCGUAAUUAUGUCACUUACACGCAUGCUGUAGACUCGAUUUUCGCAAGCGCAUAGACUCGCGCAUCAGACGAGAUAGAGAAGAGAGAGAGAACCGCGUACAAAUUAUUAUCUUGUAUAGUUGACGUUACAUUGCUAUACUACUAUAGCUCGAUAUCGCGCGCAAACUGCAUACUCCGAUGGGCUGUGUGCGAGUGUUAAAAAUUCAAGCUUCGCGCCCCUAUAUUCCGAGCGACGGGCUUCGUCGCUUCUCGCCUCUAUUCGUUACAGGAGCGACGAUGCGCGAGCCGCUAUGUAGGAUUUCCCGGGGAGUCGGAAAUUUUAUCACUAGACUUAAAGGAAGAAUAAAGAAUUCACGUAGAAAGAAGGAAAAUACAAUUGUCGUAGCGCAAAAGAGUAUAUUAUAUGUGAGGCGGUGGCGGGCGGUGUCCGCGAUACCUGGUGCAAUAAAAGAAAAAAAUUAAAAAUUUUGUAAAUACACACACAGACGCGCGCGCGCGUGCGCGCGAAGUAACCGUAAUAAUACAAUUUUCAAUGUCAUUCUUCUUCUCUAUUCUCUUAUUCUCUCGGAUUCGUAUAACCUUGUUAUAAUACAGACACACGGAUACACACAGACGCUCGCAGCGCUUAUCUCUAUACAUAUAUUUUUUAUUAGCGAAAGUAUUAUUUUUACUUCUGUAUGAUGUACAAGCGUCCGACACGCGACGAUCUUAUAGUACAACCGAUUCUGUGUAUUAUUGUAUCUUUGCGAGAGAAACUUGUGUGAUUAUACGAUCGAGGCUCGUCGCAGCUGUGUAUAUGUUAUAAACGCUAUAUGUAUAUGCACAAAAAAAAAAAAAAAUUAAAACAGAAACAAAGGCAUACGAGUUGUUGUAUACAAAAACGAUAAUCUUGUAUAAAAUAUUAUAAUGCUACGACAUACGCGCGAGGAAGAAAGAAAGAGCUGUUUUAUAUGUAUACAAUUAUUAUAAUUACCGAAUCUUUUACUUUUAGGGGAUAUCUCGCUUUCUUUAUACUUACUCAUUAUGUCGAAUACUGAGCUAUUUUUCGAAAUGGCCGAUGUGUAAUUGUAAAGUGUACACAGACACACAGAUAUACGUGUACAUAACUAACAAGGGUAUACACGCAAAAAACUCACACACACAGAGAGAGACGCGCGGCGCACCUUGUACGCGCCAUCAUAUUGUAUAAUUCUAUACUAAUUAUCGUUUAUCGUCGUACUCGAGCGGCGGCGUCGGCUCAAUUAUCCGAUUGCGACGCAGAAAGAAAGAAAGAAAGAAAGAAAUAGAGAUGUUUUAAUUCGCGUUAUUCACGUAGGUCGUAAAAAAAAUCUGUAAAUAAAAAUUAUUACACCAUUAUUAUGAUGAAUAAACGUCGCCGACGACUGUUUCAGAUA